AUGGCAGCCAUCAAAGUGCCCGAGUUUCCGAAAGCAAAGCUGUUGGGAUCGAGAUUUCGUUUUGCUCUUCUCAUCCUCCUUUUCCUCUGUCUAACGGCAAUUUGGUCGAAUAUUCUCACCUAUAACAUCGCCAUCGUUUGCAUGUCAGCCAACUCGAGUUCCAAUCACGAUGUGCACACACGCAUUUUCACAAACGGGCAAUCGACGUUGGCCGUCGUCUUCGUGGCCAUCGGCAACAUCAUAGCCGCCAUGCCGGUGAUCAUGCUCGUCAAUCGCUAUGGGACGAGGACCGUUCUCGGCGUUCUGGGCCUCUGCUCCUCGGUUGCCACUUUUUUCAUCCCAUUGGCCAUCAGGCACUCGAUCGCCGCCUUCUACAUUCUGCGAAUGAUCCAGGGAACCGCGUUGGCCUGUAAUUUCCCCGUAAUCGGCUAUUUCACAGAGCGAUGGACCUAUUUCAAACAGAAUGGGAUGUUCAUCUCGGUCCUGGUCACCUAUCUGCAACUUGCGCCCGCCUUCACGAAUCCUGUAUCUGGAGCUCUAUGCAGUGCCGCAGGAUGGCCAAGUGUUUUCUACUUCCACGGCGGUCUCUCGCUUGGUCUUUUCCUCAUCUAUGCGGUCGUUUUCCGAAAUAAUCCCGAGAAACACCCGUUUGUUGGAAACACCGAGAAGACGAAGAUCGCGAAAGGGAAAAUCACUGCUGAAAAGCCUCCCGUUCCCUAUUUGUCGAUCAUUAAAACGCCGGCGAUUUGGGGUGUCUGGAUCGCAGGAUUGGGCAAUUUCACUGUCAUCAAUCUAUUGUUCCUCUACACGCCCACCUAUUUGCAUAAAGUUGUCGGUUUCGGCGAGACGAGCACGGGUCUCACGUCGGCCAUUGUGCCGAUCGCUGAGGGAAUCGUCAAGAUCAUCAGUGGCGUUGUCUCGGAUAAACUCCCGAUCCGCGAAUCGAUCAAAGUUCGCCUAUUCAACACGAUCGCUUUCAUCGGGUCGGCCGUCUUUCUCGCUAUCAUCGCUUUCGCAAAAAUACACAAUGGACCGGUGAGUCUCGUGUUGCUCGCGUUGUCGGGCGGUUUCAUCGGUUUGAACACCGGCGGAUUCUAUCGAGCUGCGCCGAUUCUCUCGAAACAAUUCGGCUCGUUCGUGACCGGAGCCAUCUCUUUGUGCAUGUCGAUCACGAUGUUGAUUCUCCCGUUUUUUGUCCAAGGAGUCGCCAAAAAGAACACCGAGGGCCAAUGGGAGAUCGUCUUUUUUGGGUUUGUCUCAAACAUUUUCUUCGUGAUUCUCGUCCGGGGUGAACCUUGCUGGUGGACAAAGGUGCCUUCGGAUCAAAGCCAAACAAGCGACGACAUUCCGCCUCAAGGCACCGAUAGUAAACUCGAGAAAAACGAGAAAGAAAGCAUAAAUGCC